CUCAUACCUACUCUUGUUGAUUUUUUUCUAAAUAUAUGUACUUUUUGAGUACAUAACCUUUGUAGUGAUUUAAAAAUUAAUUUUUUUGAUUAAAUUGUCAAAUUAAACGCUUCAACAAAAUGUCAUUACCAAUAUUGUCAUUUAUUCGAAGAAUAUCAACAUCAAGUGUUCUUGGUAACAAACGAAAUCCUAGAAAAUUCUUAUUCUACAACAAAGCUGGUUCAAGAACAUUUAAAGAACGGCAGAGAAUCCAACCUCAUCCAUUAAUUCCCAUCAACAAACGAGGAUGUAGAGACACAGGAAUUACAGUCAAUGGAGAGUACGUAGAAAUCCCUGAAAAAAUACCCGAGCUGAUAGUACCAGAUCUGACGAACUGCGAGCUUAAACCCUAUGUCUCUUAUCGUGCGGAGAUUCAAGAGCAGCCCGAGAUGACAGCGCAGUUGCUAUUCGAUGCAAUUUACGCGGAAAAAAUAAAAAAAGACUUUAAGGAAGGAAAGCUAGAUGAGGCAGGACAGCCUCUGGAGCCGAGUGCCGAGGAGUCGUUGACAGCAGAAGAGGCCUACCUGCGAGCACGUCAGACAGGAUGCGAUCUAUUUCUACAUGAGGCACCUCCACCGCCACCAAGAAGAGUUGAAAAUGAGCAGUAGUCAUUUUCGUCUAAUUAAUUACUAUUAUUACUGUUACACUAAUUCAUUUUUUAAUGUCAAUCUUUAUUAUAUAUAUCAUUUAUUGUCGUAGAACGUGAUUAUGUAAGUAUUUUCACAUGUAUAAUUUGUUUUGCUGUUUAAACAAUUUCAUGCGAUAUACUACAAACUAAUGGA